GUUUACGUUGAGGGCGGAGCCAAACGACUGUUUUCGUCUCCCCGGAAUGAGGAAGAGGAGCGACGGACGGAUGAAGAAAGAUAAACAAACAGCCGCGCAGCGGGGCUCCUGCGGACCCGCGGAAGUUCCUCUGUGAAGAGCGAGGUUGUUGCGCGAUGCCUCACCAUGGUUCUGUGGCAGCUCUGCACUCUGGAGCACCUGAGGACCUCCAGCUUCGGGUAUCCUCCUCCUCGCCACGGCCUCCAGCUGCUGUUCUGGUUCGCCAACGACUGUGUGACCUCUGACUCCCACAUCACCAUGAAGCUGCAGUCCCACGUUCAGCCAGAGGAGGGCGACUUCGGCUUCCACGUGUUCGGAAACGUGGAAGAGCUUCUUCCCGCGCUGAGCAAAGCCAAGAAGCGUAAGAAGCAGUUGGUGUACUUUGUGGUUGGAAACCUGAACGCUGACAGGUACGCGGCCGCCGCCAGCCUCCCGCCGUACGUGAGGGAGAACUACAACACGUUUGGCGGCUACGACUCCAACAACACGGACCGCAUCAUCAUCAGCUACCAGAGGACCAGCCGGCAGGUGGAGGCGGUCUACGUCACAGAGCACGACGACGCCGACCUCGGGAUGUUCAGGCACGACGGGACCUUCCAGGUCAGCGCCGAGCUGAUCCGAGCUCUGCAGAACCCUCAGCUGGACCUCAGCGCCUUCCUGACCCAGAUGGGUUACUAUGGAGACGUGGAGGUGAUGGCGGGUUCGGCGCAGGUGGACCCGCUGGUGCUCAGCAUGAUGCAGAACGACCCCGUUGGGUUCUUCACGGAGGCCUUCAGCCGCCAGAUGCAGCUGGACGUGGAGCCGUUCGGCUGCAGGUCGUUCCCUGAGUGUGACGCCGCUGCAGGCGACCGUGCAGCCCAAUGCGGCGCCCUGCAGCGGAGAAACAGGAAGCCCAAAGCCAGCAGGAAGGCCAGGCCCUCCAGGCAAACGCAGCUGCCUCUACCCUGGGAGCCAUGUGGGCGGAGCUACGGAUGGGAGCCGAUCGAGUCCUUCUACCCAGGUUAUUACCGCGACGAUAAGAAGGGGCCAGGCGGUGGGGGCAUCAGCUUCUGGAAGAUGCUCCUGGGCAUCGGCGCCCUCUAUGUGGCCUUCAAAUGUCUGCGCUGGUGGCUGAGCAGCUCCAGCAAGGACGACUGGAACAAAACCGUCCUCAAGAUAUUUCCACGGAAAUCCCCCCGUCAUCCCGGGACGCACGUGAUGCUGGACUACGUUUACUAGAAGGUCAAAGGGUCACAGCGACUCACACCUGAUCCUGAAAGAAGAAACCUAAACCUUUUCAGGUUUGUUGAAGGAUCCGCUUCAGAUCUGGUCACAGGAAGAGUGUGAAGAAAAAGACCUUAAAACAUUUGAUGAUCAAAACCGACCAUCCGAACACUUUUAACAUUUAAAUUAUACUAUUAAUGCAAACAUGAAAGUAAAACAACCUUUUUUUAAAACACUGAAGGAGCUACGGACAACUGGAAGGUUUUGACCACCAGCUUUGGUCAAAAGCUCCAAACAUUUUUUAUCCUUAAUUCUUAACAUUUAAACAGUGUUGCCAGGUUGGGCCGUUUCCCGCCUAAUUGGGCGGUCAAACAUUGCUUUGGGUGGGUUCUGAGUCGGUUCGGCUGUUUUUACUUCCUUAUUAAAAUGUGUUUCCAUGGACAUGCAGUCAAAGCAGGCCGUGCCUCACCUGCCAUCUUCCUCACCUUCCAUCUUCCUCACCUGCCAUCAUGAGAUGUAUACUAAUAAUAAUACUUUUAGUGGACAUAUUUGUCCAAUAAUCUGUGCUACUAAUGAGAUUUAUAUGUAUAUUCUAAUCAUUUUAAUCAUUUUCAUCCUCAAAAUUGUUGUAUUUUGCGUGUUUCCUGCUCAACAACAGUGCAGAUCACACAAUCCCGUGCACACUGGGUUGAUUACGUGCCUUUAGCUUACUCAGCGUAUGCUAAUGAUGUGAUGCUUUUUAAAGAGAUUUUAUUUCAUGUCCUCAGUGUUUGCAUCUGACAUAAAGCUGCACUAAAACAAAUACGUACAGUCAUGCAGUACCUCCGCUUUAGCUGAAGAGGGCGCACCUGAGCUUUUGAAAACUGAACAUUUUUGCCUUUUGAAGUAUUUGUGGUAAAUUUAAAUCAAAUGAGAGAAAACACAGAAAUAAUAUGAUAAAAGUGUCUCCAAAUGUCCUUAAGUCUGAUCAAUAAUAAUGAUCAGAUGCUGCUUCCUUCUCUGAUGUUCUAUUUUUAAUCCAUAAUUAUCCAGUUUGUUUAUGCGGGUUUUGUUUUUUUGUUUGUUUUUUUGUUUUGUUUCCAACUUUCACAAAAAAAAAUGCAAUGUUAGAAAAUGACCCAAAAGAUGAAAAUGGAAAGUUAAAGUCUAAAUUUGUCAAAUUUCCUUUUCCUCCAAGGAAAUGAUGAUGAUGAGGAUGAUGAUGAUGAUGAUGAUGAUGCUUCUCCAGGAAGGAAAACAACUUUUCUAUUAGUGAUAUUGAUAAGGAAACAGUCGAUCAUUUAUUUUAUGAAUCUAUUUAUGUUUUGGAGAAUUUUAGUGUUGCACAAAACUGUUUACACAUAAAUAGGAAAAUCUCAGGUAAAACGAUGUUUGAUUUAGCUGUUAGUGUUUGAUUGACACUUGGAAAAUGUUGUGUUCAUAAGAAAAGGUUUUUAAAAAUCAAACAACUCUUUAAUAUGUUUCAUAGGGAAAUCUGCUUAAUUACUCACUUAAAUUGUACGUGAGGUCGUGUUUAUUCUGUGGUGGAUGUUAAUAAAGUUCAACAGGA